AACCUGCACCUGUAAUCAUUGCUGUUCAUUUCAGUUAUAGGGUGAAUGGCCUUCUCUGUGGCCCACAGGUGCUGUCUUCAUUGCAGACCUACAGCAGUUUGGGGAGUGGGGAGAAGCUGAGGCUGUAUCCAUACAGCAGUGGAGGAGGCUGCCACCUGGUGAUGAAACAAUUGUUAUUGUCACUGGAAAAACGUGAGUUGCUGGAGGAAUUUGGCCCAGUGUUGGCCUCCCUCCCACUGCAGGACUGACUGCUGUCUUCCCCGCUGCCCAGAAAACAGGGCCGAAUGAAGACUAAGGAUGUGCUAUGGAGCCUGGAUUCAACUGCUCUGACUUGUGUGACAGCUACUCCAGUUGGAACAGCCAGGUGUGGAGGCAGAGGACCUUGCGGGAUCUCUGCACGAUAACGAUUACGACCUACAAUAGCAGCAGUCAGACCUUCCCUUCCUCCUCGGCUGCCCUCCUGGGAGUUGUGUGGACCUUCCUCACCGGUGGAGUCCUGCUGGCUCUUUUCUUUCUUGUCUUCACAAUUCACUUCAGGAAGAACAGAAUUGUGAAGAUGUCCAGCCCCAAUCUGAACAUUGUGACAUUGCUGGGCAGUGGCUUGACUUACACUAGCGCUUACCUCUUCGGGAUUCCGGAGCAGAGUUUGUUUUCUGGAGCCUCAAUGGAAAUGCUCAUUCAGGUGCGACUCUGCUUGCUGUGUGGAGCCCUGGUCUUUGGGCUUCUAGGGAAAAGCUGGCGGCUGUACAAAGUGUUCACACAGCGCGGUCCAGAAAAGAGGGUGAUUAUCAAAGACCUCCAGCUGCUGGUGAUGGUGGUAGUGCUGGUGCUGGCAGAUGCCAUGCUGCUCACAACAUGGAUUUUCUCUGAUCCAGUUCAGUGUUUCCGAAGCUUCAGUGCAUCCCUGAGGGUGACUGACAAGGGCAUGACCUGUUCGGUGGGUAGGAUGCAGUUCUGCGCGUCUCUCUACUCCGAACUUUGGCUCAUUCUCAUUUUAGGGUUUAAGAGCAUCCUGUUGAUGUAUGGGACAUACCUGGCUGGUCUGACAGAUAAUGUCAGCGCUCCACCAGUGAAUCAGUCCUUGAUCCUCAUUGUUGGGGUCAACCUCAUUUUCCUUGCUGCUGGGACAGUUUUUUUAGUUAACUGGUUUUUCUACACUUGGCACAACCUGGUCUUUGGUUUUACAUCUGGAGGCAUCUUCAUCUGUACAACCACAAUCAAUUGCUUCAUCUUUGUUCCUCAGCUCAGGCAGUGGAAAGCCUUUGAGGAAGAACAGAACCAAACCAUUAGCCACAUGGCAAAAUAUUUUACCAGCCCCAGCAAGAGCUUCCACUCCAUGUACAGCGAAGAGCAGAUCUGCCAGCUGAUAGGGGAGAAGAACUCCAUGCAACGGCUGCUUACUGAGAAAAAUGCUGUGAUCGAAAGCCUCCAGGAGCAAGUGAACAAUGCUAAGGAGAAGCUGAUGAGGCUGAUGUCUGCAGAGUGCAGCUAUGAUUCGAUGGACCUCGCUGUUCCUUCCACAUCCUUCUCCAUCUUGCCUCAGAACUCAGAUAGCCAUGUUGAGUCCAGUGGUUGUGCCAUGGAAGCUGAAGGGCUGCAUGGAGACUAUUUUCCCCCUGGUCAAGAGCAGAACCCUUGGCACCGUCCCAGUCUCCCAGAUACACAGUGCAGUCCAGUAUCUGUUGGCAAACAAAAUUGUGUUGGUAUCAUCCAGAACUUUAAACAUAUAAAGCACCAAAACACUCCACCAGAAGAUCUUAGUUGCUAUGAGGCACUGCUUUUUGACCCUAUGGACAUCUCCAACAGCUCUAAGGAUGUCCAAGAGCAAUGGAGGUCUCCAAACAACAAGAAAUAUAUCGACAAUCCAUCAAUACCAUUGAGCCAGAAUCUCUCAGCAGUUGAUGGAAGAGCAGAGCAACCAGAGAGCUCAGCAGCAAUCAAGGAGCAGCCCUCAAAGGUCAGUGAAAAGUUGCAGGAAAUCUUGCAAGAGCUUAGCAUUGGCGGCAUAGUUAGUGCCCAGGUGUCACCCAGGGGGCCUAGGCAACCCAGCCACAAUGCAGAACAUGAAAAGAGUGCAGCCUGGAGAUCCUGGGAGAGUUACACAGGCAUUUGCACUUACCUUAGUCCUUACCGGACAAGACGGCGAAGAAGAAGAAUCCCAGUCCAUCCACCUUCCACCUACUUUCCUGCGCCUAUGACCCCACAAGCGAGGUGUCUGAGGAACAAGGCAGUCAGCAGGACACAGAGUGGACAGAGCACUUGGAGCCGUGACAGAUUAACACAAACAUCUCCAGAUAAAGCAAGUGACACCAGUGAUGGAAGGUUCCUCUAUCAGCCAUCACCCUCCUCAUCAGUCAUCCACAAAAUGUGCAACUUCCAGCUGAAGCAUAGGAAGAACUGGCCUGAAGAACAAAGCUGUGAAGGGAAUGGCCAAGUUUCAAACAAACACCAAGGCUCUGCCCAAGUGAAGAACCACAAUGCUCUGUUGUAUCCCCCCAGUCCCCUCAGCCUCCAGCAGCAGCAGGGGGAUGCUGGGAGGGACCUGGAACAACCCCUUGUGCCCUCCCUGUGCCUUUAUCCAGACUCUGACUCCAGUAGCAGCUCGGAGGAGAUGUUCAGCUGCUGCCACAAGCCUCAUUGUGAAAUCUGCUUCCACAGCCCUGUUGACUCCAGUGACAGUUGCACCACUGACACAGACCCAGAGCCUGGUGGGUCCUUAGCCCACUGGGCAAAGCUUUAUGGCAGGCCUCAGCCCAUUGUGAACUUCAAAGAUGAUCUGAAACCCACAUUGGUGUAAAUGUAAAUGAAGAUGUCCUAUUCCAGAGGCAUCCCCCCAGACAAGUUGCGUUUUAAACAGUAUGGAAGGAACGCACCAUCUGAGGGAAGUGUGUUGCUCAGAGGACUGGGAAUGGGAUAUAAAGGCCCAGAUUCACAAAGCUGCUUAAGUGCUUAAUUCCCAGUGAAAUUAAUGGGAGUUAGGUGCCCAAGUACCUUUGUGAAUCUGGGCCAAAGCUUUUACCUGUCUGGAUGCUAACUGAGAUCCAAUCUAGGUCAGGAGUGACUGAAAAUCACAACCACCUGAUAGCCGGUUAGUGGUAUUAUUGAAAUGAGUUGGUCGUUUUAAUCCAGUUGCUAUGGACAGGUGCCCACAUCACAUACAAACUCAUCACACUAAUUGGCCUUCUUGUCAGCGCUCUGAGCAGGGAGGCCAAGGAUUGAAUUGACCAGGCUGACUGGACUACCCUCUCAUCCUAGAAGGCUGCGUCUGGGUAGGAGAUGAUUUGCACAGAUCGGGAGCAGUGUAUGGGAAAGACUUGAAUAGCUCUGACCCAUGCUCUCCCUGCUCUGUACGGCGCACAGCCAAACAGAGACCUUCCGUCCCCCGGAGCUGUCAAUCUGGAACCUUUCACCAACAUUGCAUUCAAUUAGAAUUUGUAAAAAAGAAAUUUGGAAUUAUUUUCACCUUGGCAUUCAGCCUUAAUGAGCUAGUCUCUCAACACAGCAAGAAUCUGGGGGUGGCAGAAAACACUAGACUUCCUAUUUCUGUUUUGUGGUCUCUGAGCAAGCUAACGAAAUCCAGGGCUGACUUCUCCAGACCUGACUUCGCAUUUCGCUCAGUUUAAAUAUAUGGCAGCAGGUAGAUACUGAGAAGAGUUGAAGAGGGAAAGCUGAAAAAGCUUGACAGCACUGCAAUUUUUUAAAAUUGGGUUUGUGGCCUUUUGUGCUUCUUUAUGGUGGACACAAUAGGUGAGAAAGGUUUGGAGUUUCUUAUAUUUUCUGUUCAUUUUUACCUUAGAUGUAUCAGGAAUAUCAAAUCUGGUAUCCCUGCUUUUGCUGGAAGACCUCUCGUGGGAGACAACCUCAGAUAGUUCUUGCGAUCUGACACAUCUUUAUAUAAGAGGAGAGGGGUGCUGAAAUUUGGUUGAAUGGAGGUCUGUGUUAGACAGGCAUUAACAAAAAUCAAACAGUUUUAAACAAUGUAAGUAAAAAUCCGCUUUCAAUUACUCUCUGGCAAUGUCAGAAUUCUACUAGUGCUCUAGCCCAGGGGUUCUCAACCUUUUUCUUUCUGAAGCCCCCCCAGAAUACGAUAAAAACUCCAUGGCCCACAUGUGCCACAAUAACUGGUUUUCUGUGUAUAAAAGCCGGGGCUGGCAUUAGGGGGUAGCAAUCAGGGCAACUGCCUGGGGCCCCAUGAAGCUACAUUACUCAGGCUUCGGCUUCAGCCCCAGGUGACGGGGCUCAGGGCCCUGAGCUUCAGCCCCGUGAGGUCGGGCUUCGACAUUCUACCCUGGACCCCAGCUGGCCCCAGUCUAAUGUCUUUCUACCCUGGGCCCCAGUCUAAUGCUGGCCCUGCUUGGCGGCUCACCUCAAACCUGCUCAUGGCCCCCGAGAAGGCCCCAGCCCCCUGGCUGAGAACCACUGCUCUAGCCCACAUAGAAUCUUCCAGGCUUGACAAGGCCUGGAUUUCUAAGGUAAAAACGAUCAAAAAUGUAUCUUUUGAAUACCCCACCUUUCAGCCCUGCUUUGUCCAUAGUAAAGACACAAACAAGGACACCAUCCCAAUUUUGUUUUCCUUCACUAGACACCUCUAACGUUUAAAGAGAACCAGUUUCCCUCUAGCUGUAUUCAUUCCCAAGCUGCUGUUUCCAUAGCUGUCUAAGCAAGUGUUUGGGGCUGCCCGGUGUGACAGUUCUGUUGCUGAUGAAAUGCAUUAAAUAUGUGGAACCUACUGACACAAAGUAAUCAUGCAGCGUGGGCCACAUAUACAGGUGCACAAGGUGGGGAAGGAGCAAAAGACUUCUCUCAAUGCACCCCAGCACUGGGACUGGCCACCAGCUCCCCUGGCAUACAAGGCACCCUAAGGAGGUUGGGGGACACAGGAGCGUGGUUUAGAAAAAGAUAUAGCAAUAUGCACUCUCCCCCUGUUUGCUUGGGAGCUCCAGCAGGCAUUAAUGCUCAGAGCCUGGCAGUGCUUCCAUAGGGGAGUGGUGCAGAGUUAAUUCAAAUCUGUGAACAAGCCCCAGCUGAGCUCUGCAUGGCGAACCAUACCUCUUGGACUGAGGGGAAGAUGCUGGAGCCUGGUGUGAAUGAAUGGUGCAUAGAAUAGAAUUUUGCUGAUGUUUUAUUUAUAGCCAUUAUUUUUGUGACAGGCUGCUUGGAGCUCAGCUUGCCCAGCUCGCCCAGCUGGAAGUCACUCCAGCUCUGUCUCUCGUAGAGCUGGGAUGCCCUGCGGGACAAGUGCAACCUGCAGAGACCUAAGCAGUGGCCUCUGGUUGAGCUUUCCCUGCAAGUACAGGCAGUGCACACCUUUGAAGGACUCAAACAUACAAUGGUGGUUCCUCAGUUACGGUGGGUGCUGCUACAACAGGCUCAGCAGAUCUUAGGGGAUGCUCAUGGAGAUGCAAAUCAGGGGGAGCCCACAGAACUCGGGGCAAAUUGCCAGGGAGUUCCUUAGUGUUGUAAAGUUGGGGCACCUCUGAGGAACUGUCAGGUCUGUGAGCGUCUUGUGGGUAUUUUACACCAGGCAAGACAGGCAUAGAACAAACAGUCCCUAGUCUUAGGCAGCUGACACUGGAAAAAGUAGCUGUAGUGCUGAGCUCUGACCAUGAGAGGCUGCUGCUGCCCUGCCUCCCCUCCCAGCUUUCCAUCCCUUUGCUGGGUGGCUCCACACAGGAGGGGGAGCUAGAGUGGGCAGGCAGCAGGGCAUGCUUUCCACUCCCACCUCAGUGUAGCAAAGGUGUGAUUUGCUGAGAGACUGAACUGUACUGCCUGGCCCCAGUCACCUGACCAAGGUCAGGGUUACAGAAGGUCAAUAGCCUUGUUACUUGGGAGGCGUUGGUGUCUAGGAUGCUGCCCUGUGCAGUGGACAAGGCUGGCUGCAAGUGAAAAGGAGGAGGUAUAAAGCCUUUUAUUAUUAUGGGGUCUGUGUGCUGGGCAUUGUACAAGCACAUAGAAAAAAAUAGUCCCUGCUCCAAAGAGCCUGCAAUCUAAGCCUGUCCUCCUAGGAAGGAUAUGUCUCCUUGCUGUACCCUGAGCCAACAGCCUAUCACAUGGAACUCAAAAGGCAGGGUAAGUGCCUGCUCCCAACUGGUGGACAGGUGAUCUCUGUGUUAAUUGUUCCUGUUGCUGAGCGCACAGUCCAUUGCAUUCACUGUAUUUCAGGUGUGUGUGUGUGUGUGUGUGUGAAAGAGAGUUUGUGAUUUCUGGUUUCUCGUUUACUUGAAUAUCUACGGAGUAACCCCUGGCAAUCCCUUAUUCUUCAUGCCAGGGUUCUAUAACUCUUUCACAGUGUGAAGAACAUUUUAAUAGAGAGCUUGUCGCUUCACAUCCCUGUGGCAACUACAGCAUUUGUUUACAUUGAAAAGUAACGUUAA